AUGGAGGCGGCAGCAGAGCCUGGAAACCUGGCCGGCGUCCGGCACAUCGUCCUCGUUCUCUCGGGAAAGGGGGGUGUUGGGAAAAGCACCAUCUCCACGGAGCUGGCCCUGGCCCUGCGCCACGCGGGCAAGAAGGUGGGUAUCCUCGACGUGGACCUGUGUGGCCCCAGCAUCCCCCACAUGCUCCGGGUGCAGGGCAAGGCUGUGCAUCAGUGCGACAGUGGCUGGGUGCCUGUCUUCGUGGACCAGGAGCAGAGCAUCUCUCUCAUGUCUGUGGGCUUCCUGCUAGAGAAGCCGGAUGAGGCAGUGGUGUGGAGAGGCCCCAAGAAGAACGCACUGAUAAAGCAGUUUGUGUCCGAUGUGGCCUGGGGGCAGCUGGACUACCUGGUUGUGGACACACCCCCAGGGACCUCUGAUGAGCACAUGGCCGUGGUGGACACCCUGCGCCCCUACAGCCCCCUGGGGGCCGUCGUGGUCACCACGCCCCAGGCAGUGUCCGUAGGGGACGUGAGGCGGGAGCUGACCUUCUGUAAGAAGGUGGGGUUGCGGGUGAUCGGGGUCGUGGAGAACAUGAGUGGCUUCGUCUGCCCACACUGCACAGAGUGCACCAACGUCUUCUCCAGGGGAGGCGGCGAAGAGCUGGCCAGACACGCUGGAGUCCCCUUCCUGGGCUCUGUGCCCCUGGACCCCGAGCUCACGCGGAGCCUGGAGGAGGGCCAAGACUUCAUCCGGGGGUUCCCCGAGAGCCCCGCAUUUACCGCACUCUCUUGCAUAGCCCAGAAGAUUCUGAACGAGGCGCCUGUUGGACUCUCCUGACCAAGGCAGUUUGAAUGUCUCCUCUGUGUGCUGUGGGGCUCGUGCUCACAGCCUGGAACAGAGGUGGCAGC